UGUGCUUGUUGGAUAGUAGGAGCUUUUCAGAGGUUUACAAGCUUUGGAAACCUAACUUAAAUAGAAAAGUUAUGCUUUAAUGGAGCAAAAGAGUUAAAUCUAACCUGCAUAUGCUGAGAUCAUGAUGAGAGUAAGCAAUGGAUUAACUUUGCUGGAAGGAGAAACGACUAAAGCCGACCAAGAAAAAACUUCAUUCAGUGACCACAGACAGUUGUCUCAUUACUUAUCUCUGCUCUGCUUCCUGCUCACCAUCGUGGUUCUGUUGCAGACUCUCUGCUUGGUUCAGAUUAUGUUGACUUCUCAGUCUCGCUCAACCCUGCAAGAAAACAAACUGAAAGAUCUGACAAACAGGCUGGAAACACUGAACCAGUCCCAUCACCUCCUGUUCACCCAGUAUCCUGCUCUGAACCAGUACUGUCCCAUCAACAACUCUUCCACUGGUGAGAGAAAGUGCAGACCAUGCUUGAUUGAUUGGACACUUCAAGGAGAGAAAUGUUUCUUCUUCAGUGAGGAUAGAGCUGACUGGAUCAGUAGUCAGUACCUCUGCAUGUCACUGGGAGGCGCUGUGGCUGCAAUCAAGACAGAGGAGGAACAGGAGUUUCUAUUUAAAAUGGCCCAGAGCCAGAGCCAUGGAGACUCAUACUGGCUCGGUCUGAGGAGCAGUGCUGUGGACGGGACCUGGCAGUGGAGUGACGGCACUCCGCUGGAGAACAGACCACAGUUUUGGGAACAUGAGCCAGAUAUCACAGGAGAGAGGAAGGAGCUCUGUGGUCGACUCACACCAGGAGACAACUAUAGGAAGAGCUGGUUCACCUCCAGCUGCUCUGGUCAGCUGAGGAGAAUCUGUGAGCGCAGACAAGCUUCCCUACAAUGACCAGAGUCAAAGACUGUCUUUCAUUAUUAUUAUUUUUUUUUUAUUUACCUCCUAAAUCUUUUCUCUUAUAUAUUAAGGUGUCUUAACAUAAAAAAGAAUAUAUUAGGGAUCAGUUGUAUUGUUCUACAUUUUCUGUCACUGUAUAAAGACAUAAAAAAUUCCUAGAAACGAGAAGCAAAUACGAGGCUCAUGUUUACGGGACAAAUUAGAGUACAGUGAAUUUAUUUCAAAGAUGUUUUUUGUUACUCUCAUUUUGAGCACUUGUUUAAACCCUA